UGGGAUAUGAGAGUCCUCCGGCGGCGCGCUGCCGCCAUGUCUCCGAGAGAGAAGCACCUGGUGCUGCUGUCCGUCGGCGCCGUUAGUCUGGCUUUUUAUUUCAUCCCCACUUUUCUUUACGCCACUUUAAUUGUUGUAGUUUGUUUUGUUGUGUGUUAUUAUCACUACGGAGAACCGCUCCUGGUCAAGUUAGGCCUGAAUCCCCGGCCUGGGCUGACGGUCCCGGCGGUGCUGCGGCGCUGGUUGUGGGGCCGGAGGCGGAGCGGCGGCCCGGCGGGCGGCCGCGGCCACCGAGCCGAGAGGGAGCCGGAGGGGCUCCCCGCACACAGACUCUGUCACAGCGGCGUGUUCCGGAGGGAAGCCUCGGCGAGUGAGUCUUUUCUGUUCAGCCCGCGGGACUUCCUCAUGGGGAGCUACAUCGGGAAGCCCGAGGAGCAGCUGGCCGGCUCCGGGAGGCUCCGGGACGGCAGGAGCCUGGGGGUGAACCUCCGGGAGAGGCUGUCCCGACCCAACCAUGCGGUCCUGACCCCCAACAGGAGGCUGUCCUUCACCGGGGAGCCUCUGGGCGCGGUGAGCCGGUUCACCAUCACCCCGCGGCGUCAUUACCCCCUGCAGCAGCCCGGCGCCUCCUCCGUGGGCGUCCUGCCCCCCACCCAGUGGGACGGUUUCAGGAAGAAGAACGUCCUCACCCCUCGCAACUCCCCGGCCGCCGCCAGCCCCGUCACCAUCAAGAUCGCCAGGCUGGACCACAGCUCCCCCAGGUCUCCACUUUUGGACCAUCUGGGUUAUCGUCCGGGCCCCAAGGCCCCUGCAGACCCCUGCUCCAGAGAAACUGUCCUCAGUGUGCUCAAAGAGAGCCGCAAGAGAGAGGUGGGCGAGGACGAGGGAAGCUUCACAGCUGAGCAGAAGAGCAAAAGAAGGCGCAGCGACAGCGGUGAAAGCGCUCAUUCUGCGUUUGAGCCCAUUCUGCCCAACGGAGCGCCGUCACAGCUGGUACCCAAGCCGGGAAGCCUGAAGCGCGGCAUGAACCCUGUGAUGGAGGAGUCCAUCGUGAAGAGGUCUCGCACCUCCUCGGUCAGCUCGGGCAGCGCAAGUUACACCCCCAGAGGGACCCUGGGCUCCUGGAGGAACCCCAUCCACAGCUCCUACAGCUCCUCGCAAGGCCUGCAGAAGAAGAAAGCCUCAGCGCCGAGCUCCCCUCUGUCCAGCCCCGGGUCGUCUCGCUCUCAGACGCCAGAGAGAGCCUCCAAAAAGCCCAGAGAGGAGGACAGCCAGUCUCCCAGCUCAGCGUCCUCGGUGAGGUCUGACCAGACGGCUUCUGUCAAAGCAGCCACUUCUUCCAAACUGACUCCAGCCGCCAAGGUGCCGGUCACCAUUUCCUCAGAAUCUGCCGGCAGCGGUGGGAAACGAAAACGCAAGAUCCCGCUGAUGUCCAGCCACCAGGGCGACCACAUCUCUCUGCCCCCUCCUCCAGAGCUCGGCUACACCAUCACCGUCAAAGACCUGGACCAGGAGAAGAAAGCCGCCUUCAGUAAGAUCCAGAAGGUCCUGGAGGAACCUGCUCCGGAGCCGGAGAAACCCAGCUCCGCUCCGGUUCCCACCACUGCCCAGCUGGCCUCCACCCUCAGCUCCACCACCACCCUGAGCAGCCUGCUGGCCGCUCCUCUGCCAACGACCUCCAGUCCUGCCAUCCCAGUCAUCAAUGUGGAUUCCAGUCCAGCCACCAGUGUCAACGCACCACCACCACCAUCAUCAUCAUCAUCAUCAUCAUCAUCAUCAGUUUCCAACCCACUCCUAGAGGCUCUGAAAAUGAAGAGCAGUGAUCCAGCUAGUUCUACAUCAGCGGGCACCACCGCAGUUAUGUCUGCAGUGUCGGCUGUGACCACGUUGAAAGAGCCAAGUAGUUCAACACUGAAGCCUUCUCCUACCUUGGACGCCCCACAGCUCCCUCCAGCCUCCCAGUCUCAGCCCAGCUCUACUGGUGCAGACCAGCCCUCUGCCUUCACUCAAGUCCUGGGCCAGGCCGCCAAGACGGAGAGCGGCAGCACCGCCGUGGCAGGAGCCGGUCUGUUUGGACUGGCUGGCCACCUCAGCACACCCUCUGUUUCCUCAGCUGGCAGCACAGAAGCUGCAGCACUUCCCCAAAGCACCAGCGCAGAGUUAGCUAGUAGCACCAACUCGCUGCCAGUAUCUGGCUUCAAGCCUAUCUUUGUGGCCACCACCUCCACCUCCUCAUCCACAGCAGGACAGGAGAACAAACCUGCUGUCCCGACCUUUAAGCCCAUCUUUGGAAGCACCACAGCAAGCUCCAGUUUUGGGCAACCUCCGUCUGUCACAGCCUCCAGUUCAGCCCCUAAAACUACUUCUACUAGUACAUCUUCAAUAUUUGGUGGAUUGAUGAGCAGCAGCACGGCCGCCCCGUCACUUUUCACUGGCUUGACCAACAUCUCUGCUACAACAACAACAUCUGCCAGCGCUACCACCACCAGAGACCCUGCAGCUCAGCCUGCUGGCAAAAGCCUGUUUGGAAACUGGCCCGCCCCAUCCACAACAAGCACAAGCUCCACUUCAGCGCCUGCCCCCACCACAGGGAGCACCUUUCAGUUUGGAGCCUCCUCUUUCGCCAUUGCAACUUCAGCUGCCCCCGCUGCUGCCCCCACUGCUGCCCCAACCACCUCCAGUAAUGGUACUUUCACAUUUGGUACCACCGCAAACACACAGGCAGCCCCGCCAGUCACCACCCAGAACGUCUUCACCUUCGGCCAGGGGACCCCCGGUCAGAACCCGACCACCUUUGGUGGCUUUGCCCUGGCCAAUACGACCGCCGCCGCCACCACCACCACCACCCCAUCAACCACGCAAUCCACGUUCCCCUUCGGAAAGUCAGCUUUUGAAGCGUCAACCGCCCCGUCGGCCUUCAACUCCACAGCAGCCCCGCCGAAACCUUUCACCUUUGGAUCCAGCGCACCGGCACCCGCCUCAUCUCCCUUCACGUUUGGGGCGGCGGCGGCUACCACCACAGCAUCCAGUUUUGGGACCCCAAGUAAACCAGCAUUUGGUGGCAGCUCUACUGGUUUUGGUUUUGGCACCACCACGGCGCCCUCAGCUGCCCCGAGCUUCGGUGCCACAUCCCAGACUCAGAGCGCCUCCACCGCCACCUUCACGUUUGGCAGCCCUGCGCCUCAGCAGCCCCCCUCUGGCCCUGCUCAACCAGCUGCUGGCGGAUUCACCUUUAAUGCUGCCAUUCCAGGGAACCAGUUUGGAACGCCAGUUGCCAAUAACCCUGUGUCUCAGAUAGCGAGCUUCAACUUCGGGGCUGCUGCUGCUGACAGGCCAGCUUUCGGGACGUCUACCCCCACCUUUGGCCAAAGUACUGCUGCUGCUCCACUUCCCUUUGGAAGCCCUGGGACUCCCGCCCAAAGCUUCAACAGCGGCGUACCCACUCCAUUCGGGUCUGCAGCAACUCCCUCCUUCUCCAUCGGGGCUGGAUCCAAGCCGUCGGGGGCCCGCCAGAGGCUGCAGGCCCGGAGGCAACACACCCGGAAGAAAUAACCUGCUGCUGAUGUGCAGCACAGCCUCCUGAUCAUGUAGUGUCGCCGUGGUGGCUGCUAUGGCGAAUCUUGCUAGCGUAGUUCAGACCCCGACCAGGCCCACCGUUGAGCUCGCCAGAGGAGUUAGCCGACGCCCACGAGCUAAUUGAAUUCUCGCUUUCUGGCCGACACGACCCGCCCGCUGAGGGACCGGAGGGGCAAGACGACGGAUACUUGAGAGGCGAGAAACUGAGCAAAAACGCAUAUUCAAGCAAUUUUUGUUUUUUCCCUUUACGAUCAAAAAGUCGAGUCACACAGACGAUGGAGGCCCCGACCGCGGCUGAGGCUUUUUGUUUUUAAAUGAUGCAUUCACCGGGAGUCUGUAUGGUACCAGAUGUUUCAGGUCUGAGCAGACCUCUAGAGUUUAAUGCACAACGUAUUCAGAUAGGGCCACAUCCUCAAGCUCCACAACACUGUAGUGGAAAUGUACAGUUGUUUUGAGUCUGCUUUUUUUUUUUUUUAACGUCCGUUUUUUUCCCCCGCGUUGUAUAAGGAUUGGUUUUUUUGACCCCUGUAAAUGAAUGAUGUGUGUCUGCACUUAAAGGACAAAAUAGUAAAUGUGUUUAAGUGCUUUCUAUAGCUAGAGCAGGCCUGUGUAUACUUGUUUCAUAUGCUUUGACGUUACAAGCAUUCCCAGAGUCCUUCAGCGAGUGGUCUUGUUUCGAAUGCGAUACUGUGAUGAUUGCCAACGUUGAUGUAUGUAAAAGGUCAGUAAACUAUUAGAAUGAUUCCUCGAAACCUUUGCUGACAAACCAAAGUCAAUUUUUAGACUUCAAACCUGUGAAAUAAUGCCCUGCAGCCCAUCUUCAAAUCCUGGCAUGUGUCUUUGUACCAGACUACCUCUCUCUGCUCCAGAGCACCAACAUCCAUAUGACUCCGUGGAAAAUUCUCUAAUCUGACCUGAUUUACAUAAAUGCAAAGUGACUUUCCUGUCAAUGUGUUCCUUAAAGUAGUUCCGAUAGAGGUGUACAUAAAGAAAUGUAGAUGUACAUAAAGAAAUGUUUCUUAAGAAUCUGGACGGCAAUGCAUUGUGUUUUUUCCCCUCCUGGUUCUGUAAGUUAUUCACGUUCAUAUCACUGGAUUUAGAGAAGAUGUUAGCCGCCAGCUUGGGAAAGCCUGUUCACCUUUGCCUCUUGGUGGUAAUGACGAGUUGGACAUGAAAUUUGUUGCAGGCUCUGAUGCUUACCACUUGCAGGUGUGCAUUUUCGGACAUGUGCAGACCUCAGCUUCCGUUCUCAGACAUCAGACAAAAUGACAUCGUUCUUCAAACUGAGAGGAAAUGUCAGGUUUAAGGUCUUGUACAAGUGGAUGUCAGCCCAAACUCCAUUGAACAAAAUGGUUAACUUCCUUGAAAUUGUGGUAAACUUAAAGUUAUUGGGAGGCUAUAUUCAGAUUUUGCAAAGAAAUAUCUUAAAGUUGGGAUGUCGCGACAUCAAACAAAUUUCAUAUUCUUAAUCUGGAGGUGAUUACAUCUGUGAUAAUGCGUGACACUGCAGGUGAGAGAUUUCCCAUCUUUGUCUAUGCUGAGAGAACCUGCUUGCUGCUAAUUAAGGGGCCGUCUGAAAGCUACACAGGAACAUGAAGGACCGAAAAUGAAUUGAUGCAAAUACAAAAGGCAAAACCAAAUCGAGUCCUGUGUUUGACACGAGGACAUGCUUCUGGCAGUUUGUAUGCCGUGACGAUGUCAUUUUGUACUUUGGCUUUUUGUCUUUGCUUUAAUACAUUUUUUAUUUCCUUGUGUACUUGUGAGACGGUCCCUUAGCCAUGAGUAAUGGUUUCUCUUGCCCCAGACAACAACAAUGUAAGUUCGCUUUUUAAAAACACCAGGCAGGUGAGGCGUCCAGUGAUAACGCCUGGUUUAAUGUCGUGACAUCCCCACUUAAUGAUACUGAAUGUAGACCUGAAGGCUUUUAAUCUGAAAAACCGCCCUUUUGUUUAGUCUGAGGUCUGAGGAUGUCCUAAAAUGUGAAAUGCAAACUCGCUGUCCUGACUUGUGGAGGUGCAGUGUUGCAGUCCAAGAUGAUCAAACAGCUGAUCUGUUGUAUUCACAGAGCUCCAUUCAAAUCUAUUCAGGAAAAGCAAGCACUGUCUACUACAGUUUACCACAGUACUGCUACAUUUAUGGAUGAUUUUAAAUUGAUAAAUAAAAACUAUUUUGGAUGUA